ACGGCGAAUAAGCAACUUUGUGGCCGGGCAUAACUGCGUCUCCCCCGGCAGCGCGUGGUAACAGAGAAGCGUUUGACAGUUUGCGGUUGAUCAGCGUUUUGUUUCAUCCGAGCCGACGAACCACAAACACAAGCGCGCUGAAAACACAUCCUCUUUUUUUUUUUUUUUUGCUUUUGCCGGAUUAAAUAUAAAAGAUGCGCUGAAUUACCCAAACGAGCCCACCUCUUCACCGCCGCGCGCGAGAUGACAUUGAGGACACCUUAGCGGGACUCGGACAACAUUUCACAGGAAAAUGCAUCUUUGGAUUUCAUAUGUUUUGCUAAGUGCAAUCUCAGUGGGCACUGUUGAGAUGUUUGGCAGUUACGGGGAAACAUGUCAAAGACUGUGUGCCUGCGACGAGAGAGAGGGGAUACUCACCGUGAGCUGUGAAAACAGAGGAGUUGUAAGUCUCUCAGACAUUAAGCCAGUGUACUUCUCACAGUAUCAUCUGCUGCUUACGGGCAAUCUUUUGAAAAAGCUGUCCGUCGAUGAGUUUGUUGAGUACAAAGGACUUACCAUAUUGCAUUUGGGAAAUAAUGAAAUAUCUGAGGUUGAAGCAGGAGCUUUUAAUGGACUUCAGGGAUUAAAACGAUUGCAUCUCAACAAUAACAAAAUCGAUGCCUUGAAGGAAGAGUUUUUCUUUGGCCUUGAAAGUCUGGAAUAUCUGCAAAUUGAUUAUAAUUACAUAACUCACGUAGCCCCUAAUGCCUUGAGCAGACUUCGAAAUCUGGAGGUCCUGAUUCUCAAUGACAACUUAAUAUCUAGUCUGCCGGUGAACAUUUUCCAGUAUGUACCCUUGACUCAUUUGGAUUUAAGGGGGAAUCAGCUCAAAGUGCUUCCCUACUCAGGUCUGCUGGAGCACAUGAAGAGCGUCGUGGAGUUACAGCUGGAGGAGAACCCGUGGAACUGUUCGUGUGAGCUGAUAGCACUUAAAACGUGGCUCGAGAGCAUAUCGUACACAGCGUUGGUGGGCGAUGUUGUUUGUGAGUUCCCUUUCCGGCUUCAUGGGAGGGAUCUUGAUGAGGUUUCAAAGCAGGAGUUGUGCCCGAGGAGAGCCAUUGCUGAAUACGAGAUGCCCCCCCUGCCACAUUUGAGCACCGAUGCAUACCGCAGGACCGCGCCAGCUCCAGUCACAGCCUCAUUUACCUCGUCUGGGAUUGCCCGGUCCUCAUCAAGACCCACUAAGGGACCUCGCCAGUCAGGCAAAUUAAAAUCAAGGCCCACUGCUCGCGUCCCGUCUAAAAAAACACAAAAUUAUGGGCAAAUUAUUUCAUAUCAAACCAAGUCCCCUGUGCCUUUAGAUUGCCCGACUGCCUGCACCUGCAACCUUCAAAUUUCAGACCUCGGCCUGAAUGUGAACUGCCAGGAACGAAAGAUCGAAUACAUCUCUGAUUUAAAUCCCAAACCGUACAAUCCUAAAAAGAUGUAUCUAACAGGGAAUUAUAUCCCGGUGGUGCGUCGAUCCGAUUUUAUUGAGGCGACUGGGUUGGAUUUGCUUCAUCUUGGUAACAAUCGAGUAUCUCGCAUACAUGACCAAGCUUUUGGCGAUCUGACACAUCUAAGAAGACUUUACCUCAAUGGGAAUUUGAUUGACCAUCUAACAGCUGACAUGUUUUACGGACUGGAGACUCUACAGUUCUUAUAUUUAGAAUACAACAUCAUUAAAGAGGUUGGUUCUGACACCUUUCAGCACGUACCUAAACUUCAGCUGCUCUUUCUGAACAAUAACCUCUUGAAAACGUUGCCCGUGGGAACAUUUAAUGGCCUGUCAUUAGCCAGGCUCAACCUUCGUAGCAACCAUUUGCGAUAUCUCCCGGUCCGCGGCGUGCUAGAUCAGCUUACAGCACUGGUGCAAGUCGAUUUAUUUGAGAACCCCUGGGAAUGCUCUUGUAGCAUCCUGGAGCUGAAGACGUGGCUGGAGCUGCUUAGCACGGGCACGGUGGUGAACAAUGUCAUCUGUGGUUCACCCAAAAGGCUAGCUGGAGAGGACAUGAGAUACAUUAAGACGACAAAUCUUUGCCCCAAUAACUCUGACACACUUGCCUCCGUCAUCCCACCCUCUGAAGAAUCUUUCCCUGGCAGCACCAUCACUAUAGAAACAUCCUUGGACUCUGACGUACAAUUCAGCGCCAUUCCUUUAUCCGUGAUGAUCCUUGCCCUUCUCCUCAUGUUCAUUGUGUCCGUGUUUGUGGCUGCAGGAUUGUUUGUGGUAACGAGAAAGCGACAUCAAAAGUGUCAAAACGAGCAUAAUAACUCCAUGAACGCUUGCAUUAGCUCUCUUAACAUUGAGUAUGGUCUCUACAAAACGGGAUCCAUUCCGAAAGUCAGAACGUCUGCUGGACGUGUUUACGAGUACAUCCCACAACCCAUGGAAUCCGCAGGCAGAACCACAGUCCAGAGCCCUACGGACAGCCGAUCGGCCGAUGGGUUCAGGGACUUCGAUGAACUGAGCGGCGCUUUUCUGGGUAACUCGGACGAAGAGGCAGCAAGUAACGCCAUAAGCUCGGAAUACAGCGUCACCACCCCAGAGCCUCUUAACAAGACCUCAACCCCUCACCAGGACGACCAGUCUUACUACCGAGAUGUACUGGAGCCCGACAAGCACACGUGCCACAGCAAGACGCUACCAUGCAGGCAUGCGGCGCAUUUGUCGAGUCCGUAUGCCUCUGACUUUGAUGCCAGGCAUCAAUACGUGCACCCAGAAAGAAUACAACAGACGAUACUCUAUUGUGCGUCACCAAGUACUGUGUACGUGGAGCCCAACAGGAGUGAGUACUGGGAGCUAAAGGCAAAGCUUCAUAUCGAUCCCGAUUACCUUGAGGUUCUUGAGAAAAGAACAACAUUCACACAGUUUUGAGAGACUUGAAACAUGUGAUUCAUUUUUAUCAGGAAUCAAACCAUGUUCAAAAAAACAUACCGUGCUCUUUCAUCACCCUUGUUAGUACAAUGAAUUGUGAGGGACAUUAUGUAUUUCUGGGAAUCGUGUGUCACGAGGUUGACUAAUAAAGGGGAGUGUACUCGUUUUAAAGUAGCACUUAUCCCUUUACCCCUGUGGUGUAGAACAUUGUGGUUUAAAAUUGUUAAUAUGAACAAACAAACAGAUGUUCGGGGCUCUCAUGACUCAUCCCAACAUAAAAAAAAUAUCCUGGAGGUUUUUCAACAACAAAAUUGUGAGCUUUGAACUCUCAAAUUAGCUGUAUUUCAUGAGGGUUAAUGAAGUGUGCAGAUGAUAUGUUGUUAUCCCCAAAUAAGCCAGGUUUUUGUUCCAUUUUUAGGCCUAGAUUCCAGUUCUGUCGAAUUUAUUCAAGACUAAACUCACACAUGAGAUUCAAUCAGUGCAUUCAUGAGUAAGCGUGAAUCAUACCUGUGUUCAAGUGUCGACAGAAUUCACACAAAUUAGGAAAUUGUGCUCUGGUGAAAAUUGGUCUUUUUUUUUUAUCAAAUUACGGGUUGUUUUUAUCGAGUAUGCAGAGCUGUGGGAACCCUAGGGUUAACCCUAACACUAACAAUCUCAUUUGAGCUCAAUAAAACUGCUUUCUCACUCACAGAUCUAAGGGUAAAUGAAUUAGUAUCCUAAAAAUAUGCUAAACAGAUCUAAUCUGUGGUGUUUCCUCACAGCCUCCCCAACUCUAAACUACCUGCUUUGACUGAUUAAUGAAACAUGUUGCAAUUUUAUGUAAGAUAUGAAUAUCAAUGUAUUUUACCUCUACUCACAAACAUUGCAACUAAAAGAUUAGAAUCACAGCGCUAUUCCAGUGUAAUGUAACAGACAGAAGAUGUAUUUAUCAUAUAUUUUAUCGUCUAUCAUACUUCACAGAUGCAAAAAGUGAUAGCGCUUAUAAAUGUAUUAUCACCAGAUCCACAACCCUUAACACAACAAUCAGCUCCGUAUGGAUCCAACGCUUAAUAAUUCAGAGGAGUGCAUCAAAACACAUCCCCGUGUUUCAUUGAGAACUUACAACCUCUUUUCUUUAUAUGUCUGCAUCCACACAAAUUGUCUUCCAGUUGCAAUGCAUUUGAGUAGAUGUGCAAUACGCGGUAUGGGUAUAAUACAUCAACUUCUAUUUGGAAUUCAGAUGAAUUUAAGCCAAACAUGUUGGCCUUGUGGCCCUGAUAAAACAUACAUUAAAUGACUGCAUAUUUUUAUAGAAACAAAUAUGGGUAUUCUUUGUUUUCUCUUUUCUUAAAAAUGCACUCGUGACCACAGGUCACCAAUGAUGUCACUUUCUAACACGUUUAUUAUGCUAACAUGUGCAAAUAGCCAUACGAGUAGAAUUGAUUCCUGUAUACAAAACCACCACAUGUUGAAAUAUCCUGCACUAAGCAUAGACGUAGAGAAUACUUGGACAAUCUGUGUGAAAUACCAACAGCUCAUCCCCUCGGACACUCGUGAACGUGAUAUGACCACAUCCCAUAUGUGUUUAUUUGAAAUGUUCAACUCGUGAAUAUUAAGAGGAACUCUUUUAAAACCUCUUGGAUAAUUUUUUUUUUCAACUUAAUUUAUUUGUAAUUAAAUGAGUAGAGGAAUAAUAAGUGCAUGAAGAAUAACACCCACUAAUUAUUUGGCAUUAUUUGGCAUUGUUGGUUCUUAUCUGUUUGGAGUAGGGUUGCAUAAAAUCUGGUGAUUUGACUGCCAAAACAGUCGCUUUUUCUGGGAGAGUUUGAUGGAGAGUGCAACAAAUGUGUGCAGCAAAAACAUGAAGGUACGCAUGAGAUUUAGCCAUAAGAAAUAAAAGCACAACAAACGAAUGCCUGAGCGGAUAGAGUUGCGUUUAUGCAAGAAGCUCGUCAUCAAGUCAUAAUGCAGUUGAAUCAAUUUCUGGGUCAAUAGCGUAUAAGCCAAAAAAUCUGAAUUUCCCAUAGUUUAAUACACCGGGUGAACUCGCGUCAUCAACUCAAGCAGUAUUAUGCACAAGACCUGUCAUCUUAACUCAGCUAAUUAGAGGACAUGGGGUAUUUGGACGUGGUCUGCAUGUCACCAUGAAUUACACUUCAGCGUUAGUCAUGUUGUUUAUCAAGUAUCCGUCUUUGGUUGGUUGCCUUUCACUUCUUCUAAAUUCGUUUUGUGAUUAUUUUGUCACUUGACCUGUGUCUGCUCUUUGGACAUUCGUCAUAACCAAUGAGAUGAAAUGGACACAGUGCUGCAUGAUUUAAACCUGCACAGGGUUGUACUUGGUUACAUGUAGUAUUUGUUUUUAUUAAUAUAUUGCUGUGAAGUUGGUGGUAAAAAACACUGUAAACCUGCACAGACAGACCAACAAAUGGUUUUAUUGUGAGCGGUGGCCGUCAUUCAGUCGUUGUUUCAGUUCUCAAAAUAAUCUUUUGUUUAUGUGUAGUAGAUUUUGUGCGACCAAACUAAUGCAAAAAUAUAUAUUCUGGCAGUGUGUUUGGAGGAAAAUUCACCCAAAACGUUAAACUUUUCAUUUCCAAUGAUGUUUAUUUCAAUUUGUGAGAAUCUUGCUCAAACAAUUGUGUAAUGGAACACUGUAUAUAACAAACAUUUUUUAUAUGUUUUGCUCAUUCUGCUUUUUGUAAUCAAAGACCAAAUGUUAAUAUUUGUCACACGUGAAACCGCAAAUACUGAUAACGCAGAAAGUUUAAUUGGAAUGUGACUGUCCUGUGUAUUUAUGCAGUUGAAGAGGAAAUCCAUUUAGUGUCUUAAAUUUGUAUUUUUGCUUCUCUUUGUUUUUCUUUGUUUUUCAUAUGAUUCUUUUCUAUGUCAACCUCUGAUUUGUAAAUAGAACACUUCAUCAGCAUUUCUGUUCAAACUUGCAUCGGCUUGGAAAAGCCAAAUCCUGGUCUCUCAUUGCAGGAACACAGUGCAACUAGGAAUACGUGGGGUAAAUAUAUCUACAAUGUGCUGUGUCUCUAGUUGUUAGCUGAUGAAUAAAAUAUAUGUGUUCAUUUGGAA